AUGGCAGGACAUUACCUAAAACAAACUUUCCGCGGCGUGAAUGCAUUCAACGACAGGCCUCAGUUCUCCGGAUUCAUGAGACCGUGCCGUUACGAAGGCGAAGUCCAGAACCUGGAGGUAUUAGGAGAGAUUCCGGACGAGGUAGACGGCACAUUUUAUCGGGUGAUGCCAGACCCGCAAUUCGCUCCGUUCAUCGAGGAUGACCCAUGGUUCAACGGCGACGGCAACAUCAGUGCGUUUCGAAUCCACAAGGGCCGUGUCCAUUUCAAGCAGCGCUACGUCCGGACCGAGAAGUUCGUGCGUGAAAGAGAGGCUGGCCGUGCCUUGAUCGGAAAAUACCGCAACAAGUACACGGACGCGGUGGAGUUUCUGGUCCGCAGCACAGCCAACACGAACGUCUUCUACUUCAAUGGCAAGCUGCUAGCCUGCAAGGAGGAUGCUCCGCCAUACCAUCUCGACCCCCGUACCCUGCAGACGGUUGGGUUAUAUGACUUUGAAGGACAGCUGCCGAGCAUGACCUUCACUGCUCACCCCAAAGUCGAUCCUGGGUCGGGAGAGUUGGUCGGGAUGGGUUACGAGGCAAAGGGAGAUGGCACUCCGGACGUGUGCUAUUUCUCAGUCUCACCUGAUGGCAAGUUCACUGAGACUGUCUGGCUUGUGGCGCCGGUUGUCGGGAUGAUUCAUGACUUUGCCGUCACUGAAAACUGGUGGUUCCGCGCACCCAACGCUUUCCCCGGCCACACCUCCAACGCGUACGAGGACCCAGCCACCGGCAACGUCAUUUUCGACCUCCCCCUCUGCGACAAAAACGUAUUCUUCUGGUGGCCCGAAGACAACGGGUCGGCGCCGAACCCCCAAGAGCUGGCCAGCUACAUGAUGCGCUUCACGCUGGACCCGGGGUCCGACGAUCUCGAGCUCCCCCCGCCGACGAAGCUAGCGGCGUUCAACUGCGAGUUCCCCCGGAUCGACGAGCGCUGGUCGAUGAAGGAGUACUCGCACUGCUUCAUGCCGGUGCUGGAUGGCGCGCUGGGGACGGAUUUCGCGGGGAUGGCGCCGGUCAUGGGUGGGGGAGCGCCGGUCUACAACGGCGUGGCGCACGUCGACGUGAGGACGGGUGUGGCGGAAGUCUAUUUCCCGGGGCCGAAGCACGCGGUGCAGGAGCCGGUGUACGUGGCCAGGGCGGAGGCGGCGGGAGAGGGGGACGGGUACGUCAUGUUCCUGGUGAACAACUAUGGGGAAAUGAUCAGCGAGCUGCAUGUGGUGGACACGAGAGACUUCACCAAGGCGCAGGCGGUGCUGCAGCUGGAGGUCUGCGUGGGCAUGGAGAUAUAUAAGCGCUUCCUCGGUUGGUCAGUAGUCAUAGAUGCUGCGUUUGUUGCACUGGAAUCGCAGCUCCAUCCGCAAACCAUGGCGGGCGAAACGCUUCCUUCCCCGCAUCCGAAAAGCUCCCCGCAGCAGCCAGAGGCACGUACAGCUCCCAUCGGCGCAAGUACAAACACAAACACUAACCCACCGCACACCCCACGCCCAGACUUCUUCAACGACGGAUCCACGGACCAAGUCACAGUGCGGGAGAACACGACGGCAUACGCCAAAUACCGGCUGCGGCCACGCGUGCUGCGCGACGUCUCGGCCGUCGACACCAGCACCAUCGUCUUCAACCAACGGAUCUCCUUCCCGCUGUGCGUCGCGCCGGCAGGACUGCAGGGCAUGGCGCACGCGGAGGGCGAGCUGGCGACGGCGCGGGCGUGCGCGGCGCGCGGCGUGCCCAUGGGCGUGUCGUCGUACGCGAACCGCAGCGUCGAGGCGAUCCGGCGCGCCGCGGCGGACGUCCGGCCGGCGCCGGCGCCGGCGGUGCACGCGAUGCAGGUGUAUACGCUGAAGGACCGCGGGAGGCAGGAGGGAAUCGUGCGGGCGGCGGAGAGGGCGGGGUGCGCGGCGGUGCUGCUGACGGCGGAUAGCCCCGUGCUGGGGGUGCGGUAUAACGAGUGCCGGAACGACUUUCGGACGCCGGAGGGGCUGGGGUUUCCGAUCAUGGGGAUGACGACGGAGGCGGUGAGGGCGCGGAGGCAUGGGGAUGGGUUUGCUGCGGUCAAUUCGGAGGGGCAUUCGUGGGGGGAGGUCGCGUGGCUGAGGGGGAGGACGAAGAUGGAGAUCUGGAUCAAGGGCGUGCUGACGGCGGAGGAUGUCGCGCUGGCGAGGGAGUACGGGUGUGACGGUGUGAUCAUUAGCAAUCAUGGUGGCAGGCAGCUUGACGGGACGCCGGCGACCAUCGACGCCCUCCCCGAGUGCGUCAGGGCUGGCCAGGGAAAGAUCCGGAUCCACAUCGACGGUGGCAUCCGGAGUGGCGUCGACAUUUUCAAAGCUCUGGCUUUGGGCGCCGAGUGCUGCUGGGUUGGCAGGCCGAUGAUCUGGGGAUUGGCGUAUGACGGCGAGGCUGGUGUGACGAAGAUGCUGGACAUCUUCUACGAAGAGUUCAAGAGAUGCAUGCAGUUGACGGGGUGUCCGAGGCUGGAGGACAUUUCGCCAGACUGUCUCGGCAUUGUCAGGGCCGAUGGGCCGCUGGCGCGUUUAUGA